UGUUUAGUUUAUUCUGAGACGCCAUUCGCAUUCCGCGCGUUGGCACUGUUGUUCCGCUAAAUAAAAGUUCGUUUUUUCGGCGCCCAAGGUGCGCCCUUUUGAUUAGAUCGGCAUUAGUGCGUUCCGCUCGGCGAUCGCAGAAAUUGCCGCAGAUAAACCACGUAUUUACAUAAUUAAGAACAAAGUAGCGACAGCAGCAACAACAUGACGAACACCGAAGUGCGAAAGAGAAAACUGGCCACGGACGAGAAGCCGCCGCGGCGGAAAAGCAGCGGUUCACCCAGUGCCAGCAGCGGUGCGAGUCGCGGUACCAGCGGCCUCAAGAUCUCCUUCCUGUGCCUGGUCAUCUCCGUCAUCCUGCUGCUCUUCGUCUUCGGUGUGUAUCAUUUGUACUAUGUCAGAGAACCAAUUCCCAAAGUUGUGCUAACCAAACCCUCUGAUUUCCCCACUGUCACUGCUCGCUACUCUCAUGUGGAACCCCAUUUCGCGCCUCCCGUUGUUGUCACUAAAAAACCACACACCAAAAAACCCAACGCCGACGAUGAUGUUGCUGCAGGCUUCGUCUCAGAGAAUGCCAGCCCCUAUUUGGCCCGCCUGGCCUCCCAGUUUGGCUACAGCAAGGUGCAGUAUGCGGCCAUCAUCGAUGCAGGAUCCACGGGCAGCCGUGUGCUGGCCUACAAGUUCAACCGCAGCUUCAUCGACAACAAACUGGUGCUGUACGAGGAGCUGUUCAAGGAGCGCAAGCCCGGCCUGAGCUCCUUUGCGGACAACCCCGCCGAGGGUGCCCACUCCAUCAAACUGCUGCUGGAUGAGGCGCGUGCCUUCAUACCCAAGGAGCACUGGUCGUCCACGCCGCUGGUGCUGAAGGCCACAGCUGGCCUGAGGCUACUGCCGGCCAGCAAGGCGGAGAAUAUCCUGAAUGCCGUCCGAGAUCUGUUUGCCAAGUCCGAGUUCAGUGUGGAUAUGGAUGCCGUGGAAAUCAUGGACGGCACGGACGAGGGCAUCUUCAGUUGGUUCACCGUCAACUUCCUGCUGGGCCGCCUGUCCAAGACGAAUCAGGCAGCGGCUCUGGAUUUGGGUGGCGGCAGCACGCAGGUCACCUUCUCGCCAACCGACCCCGAGCAGGUGCCCGUGUACGAUAAGUACAUGCACGAGGUGGUCACCUCCAGCAAGAAGAUCAAUGUGUUCACGCACAGCUAUCUGGGUCUGGGCUUGAUGGCCGCCCGGCAUGCCGUCUUCACGCAUGGCUACAAGAAGGAGGAUUCGGUGCUAGAGAGCGUCUGCGUGAACCCCAUCAUCGCCAAUCGUACUUGGACCUAUGGAAAUGUGCAAUACAAGGUCAGCGGCAAGGAGAACGGCAAGUCCAGUGCCGAGCAGCCCAUCGUGGACUUUGAUGCCUGCCUGGAGCUGGUCAAGAGCAAGGUGAUGCCGCUGGUCAAGCCCAAGCCGUUUACCCUGAAGCAGCAUGCGGUGGCUGCGUUUAGCUACUACUUCGAGCGUGCCAUCGAAUCGGGUCUGGUGGAUCCGCUGGCCGGCGGCGAGACCACCGUGGAGGCCUACCGCAAGAAGGCCCAGGAGAUCUGCGCCAUCCCCAACGAUGAGCAGCCCUUCAUGUGCUUCGACCUCACCUUCAUCUCCACGCUGCUGCGCGAAGGAUUUGGCCUGAACGAUGGCAAGAAAAUUAAGCUUUACAAGAAGAUAGAUGGCCACGAAAUCUCCUGGGCCCUGGGCUGUGCAUACAACGUUCUGACUAGCGACGAAAAAUUCAGUAAUUCCUAAUGCUCCUCCAUUAGUCCGUAGUUGAUAAACAUAACAAAAACAGAAGAAAAACAUUUUAAAAGGAUUGUUAGCUGAACUUGUUUAUAGAGUGCCUUAGACGUGCAUCGAGUAUACUACAAUCACCAGACACCAGCCCCGAAACACUCAAACAUUGCCUAUUGUGGUCGAAUCAUUUCGUUUUUUGUGCUCUGUAAAAUUCAUUUCAAUUGUCUCCAAUUGAAGCCACCCCACAACAACACGGUGUCUACACUUAGCGCUUAGUUUGUAAUUCCAGUUCUGUGUGAUUCGCCACUUUCGUAAUGCAACUCGUUUUGCCAAGUUCGUAACUAUUUAGUCCUUACACUGGUAUCCUCAUGUACAUAAACUUACACAUUGAUAUGUAUUUACCUAAUAUGUAUAGACUAGACUAUUAGCGCAAACACUUCAAUUUGUUUUUCACACACGCAAAUGUUAGUUUAAUUAUUUUUGCAAAUAAAUCAAAUGUUAACUGAUCUUAA